GUCAUUCAAACGUAUUUCGUUUCUGUGUUAUACCGGGACGGACCGUUUAAAUUUAGAAAAUAUCAAAUUCGUUAUUAGCCACUUUUAAAAUGAAAUUAAACGUAGCUUUAGUUUUAGUGAUAUCCACUAUUUUAAUUGCUGAGGCAAAAGAUUGGUGGAUGAAUGGAAAUUUUUAUCAAAUCUACCCACGAUCUUUCCGCGAUAGUGAUGGCGAUGGAAUUGGAGAUCUGAAUGGAGUCACGGAAAAACUUCAAUAUCUGAAGGAUGUCGGAUUCACUGCAGCAUGGCUUUCCCCUAUUUUCAAAUCACCAAUGGCCGAUUUUGGUUAUGACAUUUCCGAUUUCUAUCAAAUUCAUCCUGAGUACGGAACCAUUCAAGAUUUCGAAAAUUUAAUAAAAAAAGCAAAGGAAGUCGGUCUUAAGAUAAUUCUAGAUUUUGUACCAAACCACACCAGUGAUGAAAAUGAAUGGUUCAAAAAAUCUAUAGAUGGAGAUCCAAAAUACAAGGAUUAUUACAUUUGGCAUAAUGGCGUCGUAGAUCCAGUUACUGGCGAACGUAAGCCUCCAAGCAACUGGCUAAGCGCCUUUCGAUAUAGUGCAUGGGAAUGGAAUGAAGUACGACAGCAAUAUUACCUUCAUCAAUUUGCAAUUAAACAACCCGAUUUGAAUUACCGCAAUCCGGCUGUAGUUGAGGAAAUGAAAAAUGUAAUGCGUUUUUGGUUAGCUAAAGGUAUAAGCGGCUUCCGUAUUGACGCUUGUCCAUUUUUGUUCGAAGUAGAUUUAGACCGUAAUGGCUUAUAUGCGGAUGAACCAGCAGUAACUAGCGGUUGUCCAGAUCCAGAUGAUUACUGUCAUUUACAGCAUAUUUACACAAAUGAUCUUCCAGAAACAAUGGACAUGAUCUAUCAAUGGCGAGAGCUAACUGACAGCUUCAAAAAGGAAAACGGAAGUGACACAAAAAUAUUGCUAACAGAGGCUUAUACCAAUUUUGGAACUAUGAUGAAAUACUAUGGUGAUGGCACACGCAAGGGAUCCUAUGUUCCGUUCAAUUUCGAUUUCAUGGGCAAUGUCAACAAGGACAGCAAAGCAACUGAUGUAGUGACAAAUGUAAAUAAAUGGUUGAAUGCAAUGCCAAAAGGAAAGGACUUUUAUCCAAAUUGGGUGUUGGGUAAUCAUGAUAGUAAAAGAGUUGCAUCUCGUUUUGGUGUUGAGAGAGCUGAUCUGAUAAAUAUUAUGCUUCAAACUCUUCCUGGAAAUGCUGUUACCUACAAUGGAGAAGAACUGGCAAUGACAGAUGUAUUUAUAAAGUGGGAGGACACCGUUGAUCCACAGGCUUGUAACGCUAAUCCAAACAACUUCAAUACAUACUCCCGAGAUCCAGCUAGAACACCCUUCCAGUGGGACGCUUCACCCAAUGCAGGUUUCACUGAAGGAUCAGAAACGUGGUUGCCAGUUUCAGAAGAUUACAAAACUAAGAAUGUUUUGAUGCAAGAAAGGGCCCCAAACAGCCAUUUACAAAUAUUCAAAAAACUUAUUCGUCUCAGACAAGAACCAUCCAUGCAGGAUUUGUAUAAUUUACAAAUCAAAGCAAUAGCGGAUGAUAUUGUUAUCUAUAGCAGGUAUACUGAGGGCAGCAAUAGAUACGUCAUUAUAUUGAACCUAGGUUCGACAACUCAAACAAUUAAUAUCAAUGAUCAUUUCCCCGUUGGACAAAAAGUUGAAAUAAUUACCUCUUCCAUUACAUCAGAUUACAGCGAUGGGGAGGUCAUUGACGCAACGAGGUUUUCUGCCAAGGGACAAGUCGGAACUGUGGUUGUCGCUGUUUAGUAAAAACUUUAAAUGCUUAUAUGUAAUACAAAUAUGUAUUCAACAUAAAAACUGCAAAAAACAAUAAUUAUAAAAUAUAAACUACUUUAGAAUAAUAAAUAAAAUGCAAAAAACAUUUUUAAAAAA